GCAGAUGUUGCGAAUGUUUGUAAUGAAGCAGCUUUGGUAGCAGCACGUGACGCCGGAACAGAAAUAGUCAUGAAAAAUUUUGAACAGGCCAUCGAACGUGUGGUUGCUGGGAUGGAAAAGAAAAGCCAGGUGCUGCAGCCAGACGAAAAAAAGAUUGUGGCUUAUCACGAAGCGGGCCAUGCGGUGGCCGGGUGGUUCCUUCAACAUGCAGAUCCCCUGUUGAAAGUGGGUCAUUUCUAG